AUGUCUUCCACUGGAGUGUUCUUCCCAAAGGCAGAUGCAGCGAUUCUCACGUCAAGGCAUCAAACCCCAACCACGCGCCCGCAUACUGUGGGGCCUAUUCUCGAUCCGGAAAACCUCGAUAAGCCAAUAAGCUCCUGGUCCGAGGAGAUCGGAUCGACUUUAUAUCCAAGCCUUGACCCCAAUGCGCCCACAUCCACCGUCUGCAACAAGCCUCCUGGGUGCGUGGAGCGAUAUCCGCGUGCUACUUUGGCCCACAAUGAGAGACUUAGAUUGUCCAUGCUGUGGUACUACACCCGCGAUGUUCUUAAGGCGGAAGACUUACUCUCCGGUCUGCAGGAGAAAGUCUAUCUGGCUAAGGAGUCCACGGGAUGGGAGUUCGCGAUCAUCGGCAUCCUGGAUGUCGAUGUUUAUAUCCGCCUGGCUACAGUAGGCGUGCAUUUAGGCAUCCUGCCAAGGGGUGAAACAAUCUGCGCCCAUACGGUCACUCAACCUCCCGGUAGCGUAUUUCAUGUACCAGCACUGAUGGAAGACUGGAGGUUUCGGACGUGUCCUUAUCUCGAGCAGGGCGGGCUUUACGCAUAUGCUGGUGUACCGCUACGUCUGCAGCACGAAUCCGGCGAAUGUGUCGGUCUCGGUUCACUUUGCGUAGCAUCAAAUAAAAGCGAGGAGCCCCUAACAAAAGACCAGCAGCAAGCACUCAUCCGCCUGGGUGACUGGGUCGUCUCCGAUAUCCUUCAUGCGGUGCGAGCAAGACGCCAACGUGACCGGCAUCAAAUGGCUGAACUUCUCUCCGCCGCACAGUUGAAAUUGGACAAGGUGAGCACCUACCCCGAUGCUAUCAUCAAAUUACAGCCGAUGAAGGCGAAUUGUGUUGAGCUGGAAGGACGAAAGCCUAUUUUGAUGUCAGACCUGAAAGGCGGCCUGUGGGAAGAUACGGAAUACCUAGAUACGCUAAUCACUAAUUUUAAUCACGAGGCUCUUCCAACCACACACACCGUCCGCAUCAUUGCUGCUACUUGCGAGAUUGUAUCAGGUUCAUCUUUGCUUAUGGUGGCAUCAAAGGACUUUCACUUCAUAUUCGAUGAUGUCGACUCGUGGUUCCUUGAGACGUGUGCUAGCUUGAUCUCCCAGAUGUGGCGCAAAAGACUCCUAUCCGAGGCGCUAAGAGCAAAGGAGAAGUUUCUUCGGGGGUUUUCCCAUCAAGUUCGCACGCCGAUCCAUGGCAUUCUCGGUUCAGCGGACCUCCUAGCUGAAGAAAUUCAAUCCUGGUACUCGGGCGAGGAUGCACUCGCAGCACCAGGGCUAGCUGAAAAGUCUCUAAAAAAUCGGUUGGACGAACAUUCUAAAUAUUUGAGCAUUAUCAAAAUGGGCGGCAGAGAUCUGGUUGCAAUCGUAAAUAAUAUGAUCACAAUCGAUCGAUGGGCUGAUAUUGCCACAAUGGACCGCCACUAUGCCAUGCAUCCAGUUGAAAAGCUUGAGACGGAGCUAUGUACCGGGGUAAUGAACCUGACCUUGGGAGAUACACGGUAUCGAACUUCUGUUUUCUUCACCCAUGUUCUGCCUCCUGUCUAUGAGGGUAUUUGGAUGGAUAUCGAUGUGCUUCGAGACAGCGUCCUGCCACUUAUCUUGAAUGCAGUCCAGCACACGCCAGAUGGAAUUGUAUCAGUGACGAUAUCACUGGAUUCAGGCUCGAGGCAUCUAACUGUGGAUGUUGAGGAUAAUGGUCAAGGCAUUCAACAAGAUCAUCAACGACGCAUAUUCGAACCGUACGAAAAAGUCGAUCUGCACUCAGCACGCGCAGGAAUGGGACUCACCGUGGCGUCCAGAUUCGCAUCGCUCUUGCAGGGAUCGGUCGCUUUAAUGUCCUCGAAAGUUCACCGAGGGUCUCAUUUCAGAGCCACCUUCCGAGCUGUCGAAUAUACCACCUCUCCUCAUCCGCCACAAUUGCUAGCCUCAAAGUUUCAGAAUCUACCCUCAAGGUUCUUCCACUUGAAGUCUGGUUCGGAUUCCAUGUCACUCUGUGCUCGCUUUAUCGCUUUCCUUACACGCAAUGGCUUUGCGCCGUCUGCUUGUCUGCAAGGCUCUUUUGUCAUCCUUGAAGCUGUCCCUAGUUUAGAACAGCACCACCUACAACUGUCCCAGCUUCCAUCAGGAGCAGUUGCAAUUUGUCUUCUUCGCGGAUUAGAUGCAAAUAUACAUCUUGAACGGACGGCUAGCAACGUUGUCUAUGUUAAGGGGCCUUUCUCCACCUUCUCGCUAGGCUCGGCCCUCGAGCAAGCGGACCGCCUCGUGGGGAAGAUGGCCAUGUUGCAGUCCUGUGUAGCCCUGCCCUUGCUUCCGAAGGCAACUCAAGCGCCGAAACCAAAGGAUGCCGAGCCCCAUCAACUUCCAAAUGACGCUGCCACCCCAAGAUCAGAAAACACUCUAGUCUUUGGGCCCGAUCGGGACGUAUCACCCUCCGCAGGCUCGAAAGAACCCGUUCCAAACUCCCACCAGCUGAGUAAUUCUUCGCGACCCACAACUCUGAUUGUGGAUGACAACACCAUCAAUCUCCGCAUUAUGGAGAUGUACUGUAAAAAAAGAGGAUUGCCGUACUUGACCGCAAAACAUGGUCUGGAAGCUGUGGAAAUCUUUUCGCAACGCCAAUCAACUUCUAUUGCUAACAAUGACUCUCCUAUCGAGCUGAUCUUGAUGGACCUGCAAAUGCCAGUAUGCGAUGGCAUCGAAGCCACCAGGCAAAUACGAAGUCUGGAGCAGCGGAAUAACUGGGCAGGGGCUUUGGUACUGGUUAUGACUGGUCAAGACACCGUUGCGGAUAGAACCGCCGCACAAGAGGCUGGCGGGGAUAAAUAUCUUGUCAAGCCGGUGGUAAUUGAACAAUUGGAUCGCAUUGUGAAGCGAUGGUUUCCCAUGUUUGAGUUGGGUAAUAAACGAUAG